UCCAUGUAAGUCUGAAGCUAUUUGAUGGCUUUGUGUUGUAGAGCUUUUACUGAUAUUUUGUUGUUGUUUGUUGACAGUGAACGGCACUGCACAUCUGUGUAACACCACUGAUCUGAAUGCAGUAAAAUACAACGAGACUAAAUCACCCGUGGGGGAGAUAACAAUCUCAGACAAUGCUGUGCAAUUCCUUAAAGGCCUGCUACUCACACGUGUCAUGCCCUCUUUCUACAUCUUCCUCUUAGUUAGUCUGCCCCUAAACGCAUUGGCCCUGGUGACGUUCACCUGUAAGAUUAAAGAAAAGAAACCGGCUGUGAUCUACAUGUCAAACCUGGCGUGUGUGGAUCUGCUCUUCACCCUGCUGCUUCCUUUGAAGAUUCACUACCAACUGAACGGAUCAGAUUGGGUGUUUGGUGAGGUGGCGUGUCGCGUGGUAACCGCUGCUUUCCACUGCUACAUGUACUGCUCCAUACUGCUGAUGAUGUGCAUGAGUGUGGACAGACUGCUGGCUGUGGUUUUCCCUAUGGCCUCUUUGACCUGGCGGACAACGAGGGGUUCUGCUUACAUUUGUAUGCUGGUCUGGUUGCUGGCAAUUGCUGGCACGUUCCCACUUCUCUCCAUUAGGCAGACAUUCAAGUUUAAGAAAGUGGGCAUCACCUGCCAUGAUGUUACUCCCCAAAACGAACCUGCACAGCAGCAGAAUGCAUACCUGUUCUCCGUUCUGUCCUGUCUUUACUUUUUCCUGCCGCUGGUCAUCACUUUUGCGUGUUACUCUACUAUUAUAUAUGCACUCAGUGCCAAAUCUGGUCACUUAGCAACAACAUCAUCAUCAUCAAUCUCAGAGAAACGAAGGAGAGCCGUGAUUAUGACUAUCGCCGUGCUGAUAGAGUUUGUGAUUUGCUUUGCACCAGCCAAUGCUAUCCUGCUGUACCACUGUAUUCUUCUGGCCACAGGAAGCGGCAGCGGGGAGGGAAACGCAUCAUAUGCGGCUUACCUGUUGACUCUGUGUUUGGGGAGCUCAAGCGUUUUUCUGGAUCCUCUGCUUUACUACUAUGGGUCGUCUCAGUGCAGAAAGCAGAUCAGAUCUGUGUUUUGGUGGAAGAAAACACAAAAAGCAUCCACGCUUUCAGUCACAUAAUCUCAUCUCUAAUCCUAUGGUUGAAAGUUUGAAUCAUGCUAAGCAGAACAAACAUGUCUUCUCGACAACCUGUCAUUGUUAUAAAGAUACAAUAUAUUGCAUGUCUAUAUACAUACUGCCUACUAUACUAUUUUAAAAUUAAAAACUGUUUAUAAUUUAAAAGGAUAGUUCACCCAAAAAUGAAGGUACUCACCCUGAUGUUGUUCAAAACCUGUAUGAGUCUUUUUAUUAUUUUGAACACAAAUGCUCGGAGAGUAGAAGUGUUUUGUUUAUAUCAAAUAUUACACCUCCACUUAUGCA